AGCGCUACCUGUUGAGUGCGCAGUAAGCUGUACCGGUGUUUACAUUUAAGCUAGCAAAUGACAACCGGAGCCUCCAUUAUCAACUGCAGACUAUUAUCAUUCCUCAAAUCAAAAAUCUAAGCGACAUGAGUAAGAGUUUUGGAAAAAAUAAAUUAAACUUAAAGCUUCCACCCGGUGCGAUUGAAGUCAACAACAGUGAACCACCAGGAUCUGUAGACCCCAAUAAUGAGAAAUCUAUGCUGGAUACAAGUUUUGAGGCUUUACAAAAAAGCUUGGAAGGACUGGAACUGGAUGAUAAACAAAGGAAAAGAUUGGAAGCAUUUUUAACUCAGAAGCAGAAAGUUGGCGAAUUGGUAAAUGAAGAUCUUGAAAAUUUGGGUGAACUUGGUGCUGGAAAUGGUGGUGUUGUGACUAAAAAUCUCCAUAAACCGAGUGGAUUAAUCAUGGCUCGCAAGCUAAUUCACUUGGAAGUGAAGCCUGCUAUUCGAAAUCAGAUUAUUAGGGAGCUCAAGGUAUUGCAUGAAUGCAAUUCUCCCUAUAUUGUUGGAUUUUAUGGAGCUUUUUAUAGUGAUGGAGAAAUCAACAUAUGUAUGGAGUAUAUGGAUGGUGGCUCACUGGAUUUGGUAUUAAAAAAAGCUGGACGUAUCCCAGAGCCAAUUUUAGGGAAGGUGACUAUUGCUGUUCUGAAAGGAUUGAAUUACUUAAGAGAGAAGCACCAAAUAAUGCACCGAGAUGUGAAACCCUCAAAUAUCUUAGUGAAUUCAAGAGGAGAAAUAAAAAUUUGUGACUUUGGAGUCAGUGGUCAACUUAUUGAUUCUAUGGCAAAUUCAUUUGUUGGCACUAGGUCUUAUAUGUCGCCUGAAAGAUUGCAAGGGACUCACUAUACGGUUCAAUCUGAUAUAUGGAGUCUUGGCCUUUCAUUGGUUGAAAUGGCCAUUGGACGAUACCCUAUUCCUCCUCCUGAACCUAAGGAACUCGCUGCUAUAUUUGGUCCGAAGUAUUCUGCUAGUGCUGAUCAGAGCGAAUCACCUUCUCCCAGCUCUAAAAAUAGACCAAGUAGUUUCUACUUACCAUACGGAGAUGGUCCUCGUCUCAUGUCAAUAUUUGAACUGCUGGAUUAUAUUGUUAAUGAGCCACCACCGUCUGUACCUUCGAGUGUUUUCUCCCCUGAAUUCAAGGAUCUCGUGGACAGAUGUUUGAAGAAAAAUCCAGCUGAAAGAGCUGAUCUGAAAUUCCUAACUACGCAUGCAUUUGUAAAGCGUUCGGAAAUGGAAGAUGUGGAUUUUGCUGGUUGGGUCUGCCAAACAAUGGGUCUUGAUCCUUCAACACCUACAAAAAUAUCCCCAGAAGGGUAAAAUGUGGGGAAAAAAAUGUGUAUACAUUUUGUUUCUUUUAAGCACUUGGAUACCAAAGUCAUUGGAGGUAUUAUGAAAGAUGUACCCUCAUUGUUAUAUGUAUGCUUCCAAAAUUUUGUGUCAUAUAGUCGAUGUUUCCUUAACAUUAAAUCAAUUCUUUGCUUUUGCAAUAUGCCUAUAUCAUUAUGGUACUAUCAAUUUUGUUGUAUUUAUAAUUUUAUGUGCACCUAUUUAUUUAAAUGAAUGAAAAAUGCUUCAUUUAAACAUGCCUUGUGAUUGAUAUUUUUUCUCAACAAAGGCAGAUUUAAUAUCAUUUUUUGCCCUAUGUUUACUUUUUUCAGUAUUUUACUACUUUUAAUCAGUACUUUUAUGGUUCUGAUUCGUUAUUUCAUCUGCAUAUCUAGUCUUUAUUUUUGCAUUGUCAGCAUAUCUGUGCUCUUUAUUACAGACAAUUAACUGGAAAGUUAUUAACUUUAUUAAUUUCUUAAUUAAGAAAAUAGAUUUAUAUAAUAACAUUUUUACAUGUUUAUUCUAAAAGCCUUUUUUGUGCAUUAUUUGCAGCAUAUACAUCCUAAUAAAUUGAAUAAAAUAAGCUGAGGAUUGAAAUAAGUUACAUAAAUAGUUCUAAUGUUCUUGAUUUAUUUAGCUGUGAAAAGCUUUCUAAUUUCUUUAGACAAAUUUUACUAAUCAAUAAUAUUUUUCCCAUACCUUUUUAUAUUUGUUUCUUGGAUUAUGAUUGAUUUUUUUGGAUACAGAAAUGUUGGCAUUGCUGAUCGCAUUUCUUUUUUUUAUAUUUUAGUUCAAUAUAAUUUAUUGGUCAUUUUAGGGUUUUUCUCUCCUUUUAUAUUGUACUUUACAAACUUUAUUGAAUCUUCCACAUACUUUGUGAAAACCAAAGAUUGUCUGGUUAUUGCAUUUAUAUUUUUGUUCAAUUCAGUUUUUAUAAUUUAUUGCCUUAAUGCAAGACAAUUAUUUUUUUGCUUUAACAUUUUCCUUCUUCCAUUUUAAAAGUCUGGGGACAAUUAUAUCUUUCAUCAAAUAUUAUUAACACCUUGUUCUGAGAAGUAUAUAAAAUGGAUUAAAUGGUUGUGUCAGUGUUUCAUUGUAUCUUAUUUAAAUAGUUCCAAACCAUCUGCUUGAUUGUUGUGAAUGUCAUUGUUCCACAAUAAAACUUAAUAUUUGUGUUGUGAAUAUAUGUAUGAUAUAUAUAUGCAUAAAAAUUUUCACAUAUGUCUAUUCUUGGUGUUACUUAUAGUAGUUUUGCAUUUCUACUCUUUAUACCAAAAUUUUUGGAACCUGACACUUAUGUUUGAAUAUUUAUGUGAUAUGACAAUUUUACAUAUUUGUUAGGUGUUUGGAACUUUGUAUUUUUCUAGUGUAAAGUUUGUCUAUUACUUGUUAAUGGACUAGGACUGAUAGUCGGUGGUAUACACACAUGAAAAUUUAAUCUCUUUAAUUGGAUGGGAAUUUAUAUUUCAAGUUUGAAUUUCAUAAUUAUACUUUUUAAAAAUGUGAAUCUAUGUAUAAUUUAUUCAGUAGUAAGGUCUAAAUUUUUCUGUGUUAAGCAUUACUGUUUCUAAAAUUUUUAAUGAUUACAGGAUGUAUGUGAAUUCAAAUAUUUUUCUACUUUUAAUAUUAUGUGUAUUUUAAUUAUGCAUAUCAUGUGUGUGUUUAGGAUGCUGCGAUUUUGCAGUGCUUCUUUACAUAUGUGUUUUCAAGCCAAGCUUAUAUGUAUGUGUUACUUAUAUUUUCUAACUAAAGCAUUUAUAAAAUUGAUAGAAUAUUUAAUUUUUUUAUUUAAAUUUCAAAUAAUUUCUUAAUACUUCAUCGUUGAAAAAAAAUCUAUCAAUUAAUAUUUUUAGUUUUUUUCAGUCUAUGAAAAUAUUAGAUUUUUAUAAUGUAUAUUUUUCUAAACCUUCCCUCAUAUUUCAGUAGUCAUUUAAAAUGUGUUAGUGUUAUAUGAAUAAUACAUGGCAUUAAAAAAUCAUUUUGCAAUUUAUAUAAGCACAUUUUUAACUUGCAUUUUAGGUACAGAACUUAAUGGAAAAGGUCUGUUAAGUUCGGUUUUUGCUUUUUGUCUUGUUUGAUUCAUAAUUCAUUUUAGUUUUCAUGAACAUCCUUUAAACUUUAACUGUGAUACUGAACCAGCUUUACUUGAUUAUAUUUAUUUACAGUUUAGAAGUCAUAAAAAAAUUUUCAAUGGGUUUUAUGUUUAUAAUGAAAUUUAUUAAUAAAUAAUAAAAUUAUUACUUAAUCUUUUGCAUAAAGAAAUAAUUGAUUUUCCAUCUCUUCUUUUUGUAUCUGCAUGAUGGGAAAAUGUAUGAAAAUAUUAGCAAAACAGGCAGCUUCUGAUGUGAAGAGAUUAUGAAGUUAUAAGAAAAAAAAUUAUGGUAAAUAUUUAUAAUAUUGAAUACUUCCAAAAUUCAAUGUUGUAUAUGUUUUGUAUAAAAGCUUUUCAGAUAUUGUAUCUGCACAAUAUAUUAAGAAUAUUGCUGUUAUUAAAAAUUUUAGUUAUUGGUCUAUUUGAAAUCUAGAUUUUUAGAUAAUAUCUGCUUCUUGUUAAUGUAGUGAUUAUAUUGCACUAUAUUUUUCAUUUGUAGUUAUUGUUGUGUUAAUUAAGUGAUGACAUAUACUUUACUUGUUAUUAUAUAAUUAUUCAAUAUUACUUUUUACUAUAAUAUAUUAGUAUCCGAACUAUUGAGGAAUAGGAAUAAUUUCUUUCAGUUUAAUGCUAACUUAUUUAAGAAAUUUUCUGGCAACUUCAUAAAACACUUUCACUUAUUCUUUGUUUUAACCAAGCUAAUUACCCACAGCAGUAUGUUUAUUUUGUGUGGUUUUAAAUUGCUUAUUAUAAUUUUGCCUACUGAUUUAAUUAAAAACUGUUUUAUUUUCAAUUUUUAUAUCAUGCAUGCAGAUGAUAUUUUUAGUGUUUAAUUCAUCUUUAAGAGCUUAUUUGCAACUAAGCUCAAAUGUUAUUAUAUGUUAUGAGAGUUUAAUAUUUUUUUGGAUGCUUUUCAAAUAUGUGUGUGUAUAUAUAAGAAGCACAGUAAAUAUUUAUAUAUCAUGUGCAACUAUAUAUUCUAUGACUUCCUUUAUUACAGAGCAUUUAUUUUAAAAUUCUUAUUACACUUUAGAAUUUUUGUGUGGUUUUUUUUUUUUUAUGAUAUUAUAUCUUAAAAUGUAACUGAUUUGCACAGAAGAUAUGCAAGGAUUUAAUGUGAGCUGUAAUAUUUCUGCAAAUAUGCAUUUUGAUGUUGCAUUUUGCCCGAUACCUAAGUGUUAAUGUGUUUUCCUAACAAUACUGUGUGCCAAAUUUUUGUGUGCACCUAAAAUAAUGAAAACAAUCUUAACUUCCUAAUAACUUCCUUUUUUCUUCAUAGUGUGUCUUAAUGUAAAAUUGCACAUAAGAAUUUAAUUGCAUAAUUAUUCAAGAUUUCUUCUUCUUUAAGAAGUUUUUUCGCUGGAGUUAUUCUAAUUUUGAAUUUAUUAUCCAGUAAUGAUGAUUUUAAAGCUAAUAAUAACCAUAUUUUAAGAAAUUAAAAUUUGGUUUAUUUAUUAGCUAUUUAAUAAACUAUAUUAUUAAGGUUAAUUUUUCUUAAAGGCGUGUAAAUAUAUUUUUAGUCUGAUAACCAAUGGAAAUAUUAUUUAAAAUUCUACUUUCUUAAAGAUUAGUGUGGAUAUUUUUUUAUCAAGUGCUCUCUGUUUAUUAGCAAGAAUCUAUACAAAACAGUUUUAUUAAUUUCAACUGAAGUGACACUUUUCAUGUGGAAUAUUCCUUUUCCAUGAUUCUGUAUGCACUUCAGUGCUUUUUGACAAUCAUUUAAACAUUCCAAUUUUGCAUUUUAGUGUUCUUAUUGACAGUUAAUGAAUGAUUUAUCUUUGUGUGAUGU